GUUUACAGUAGACGCUUUGCUUUGUAUUGUAAUACAAAUUAAUCUUCAUGCCCGCUGUAGUCGCUGUACAAAAUAAUGUAUUAAUAAAUAUAAUUUUAAUAGUUACUGUGAAGUCUAAACUUGCAAUAUGACCGCCGACAACGAAUAUCCGAAGGCGUCGAAUGCCACUCUAAUUGGGGCAACAGUCACUUAUGUUGCCGGGCUGUUCCUGCUGUUCUCGUUUGCGAGCCCAUACUGGAUAGAGUCAUAUCCGGAGAUGUUUGAUUCCUUCAAGCGCAUGGGCUUGUGGGAGUAUUGUUUUGAUCGCUUCCGUCUGCCACAGUACCAACUGGACAAACUUUUCAUGGGCUGUCACUAUAUUUUUAGUCAGGAGUACUAUGUGAUCCGCGAGUACCUGCUGCCCAGCUGGCUCAUGGCCGUGCAAGCAUUUGUCACAUUGGCACUCAUAUUCUCACUAAGCGCACAAGUCCUCCUGGCUUGUGUUACUGUGCGCUGGCCUCUGCGCACAGUGCUACAAUAUGAAUGGAUUUUUGUCUCACUCUCAUUUCUCUUUGUUGCUGCGUCAAGUGUGUUCUUGUUCUUGGCAGUAGCAGUGUUUGGAGGAAACUGUUACCGCCGGGACUGGCUGAUGUAUCCCUCUUUCCAUGUUGUCUCAUGGUCAUAUGCCUUUGCUGUAGUAGCGUUCGUAUUUUUCGGCGUGGCGGCGGUUCUGCUGUACAUGGAGUCAAAGAAGCUGUACGAGCUGCGACUGGAGGCGCGCAACCUCGUGGCGCAGAUGCAGCAUAGCCAGCCCGAGCACGCGCUGCAUCAGCUGCGCGACCAGCUGCAGCACCAGCGACAGAUCGGCUGGAAUAACUAGUUCUUCACAUGCACUGCAUAGCCUGUCACCCAUUUCUCCCUACAUGAAAAGGUACAAAUGUAGUCAAUAAUCAUUUGGCAUCGGGUAAAUUCUGCAACCAUGACUAGUUAUGACUGAUUUAUGACGUAAAUAAAAUUCCAGUAACUUAAAAAUCGUCCAAAAUUUCGACAAUUUAGUUUAGACAAUAUACCGAGUAUUAUUGUUUAAUUUUGUUGGAGAAGUAAUAAACUAUUGUUUAAAUUCAACAGUACCAAUUUGGAAACCAGUGUUUGAUAAACCCAAAUCCCAAUAGGCACUAUAGCAGAGCUACUUGAGGACCCCAUUGUUCUUAUUGACUACAUUAAUAUUUGUGUAUUGCUUAUUCUUGUUUUGCUAUUUGCUAAGUAAAUAAGGUUUUCUUAUGGACUCCUUUUGUUGAGAGUAUUGCGGAUUUCAUGAAGUUUUAUCAGUAUGGUAUUAUGAAUUAUUGCCCACAUCUUUCUUACUCUUCACCAUAUUCUGAAGGUCAUAUAAAGUUUAGUCAAUAGAACGAUAUCGUUUAGAUUACGUGUUAGAUACAAACUGUCUCAAAUUUACUGUAAUAAAAGUGCAACAAAGUUGUAUCACAAUAUACUGAUUCACUCUUACACGAUUUCUACAUAUUAUUAUUACUCAGCCAAAACGGGACUUGAUCAAGAAUAAUAAGGGUGAAUAUUAUCUCGGACGUUUCGACAUUGCCCUCGUGACUAUGGAGAAAUAUUUUCUUUUGACGGACUUAAUUUGUAGGCUUAUUUGUAAGAUUGAGUCCCGUUUUAGUUAAUUAUAAAAUACCCUCGAAUAGCAAAAAUUUAAUAAAAUAAAUUACAGUUCUGAAUGGGUUAUUUAUUACCUUGUUACAUGAUUUGUUGUGUUGAUUUGGUUGAUACAAUGUUAAUAGGUUAAUAGUAAUAAUGACAGAUCAUUAUUACAAUCUCAUUUUUAAUAUUCCUGUCGCUUUAUGUAAUAUCGAACGUUUUCUCUGGCGUCAACUCUGUUAACCUAGAUGUGCAUUAUAUUCUUUAUUCAAGAUUAUGUUGUAUAGGUUGUGAUUGUGACCUAAAUAGACAAAUCCGAAAGCGCCAUUUACAAUUUGAAAAUAUAUAUUCUAUACUAAGUAUUUUCUUUAUUUGUUAUUCUAAUCUCAAAAAAUAAAAAUUUCUGAAGAAGAAAUUGACGUUUUAAAGAAAUGUAUUCAUAUUUAGUAUUGUAUUAAGUUUCAAAUUAGAAUAAUAUUCUUAAGAACUUCGAGCAAAGUUUGUUAAAAACAUUUGUUUCAAUUUUAAAAAAUGUAAUAACUAAUAAGAUAUUUUGUAUGACUGAAACAUUACUACUGUAUAGGUAUACUGUAUGAUUCCGAUUCUUAUUUUGAAUCUCAAUGCCGUCCGUUAAAGAUUAGCAUUUUUAUAGAGUAAGCAUGUUCACUAAGAUAAACGAUACAUGUAUUCAAGUCUGGGUUUAGGAUAUUUUGUAUGUUUAUUUGUUUACUGGCGUAUAAGGGCAUAUGAUACAAUGUUUCUUUGUCCGCUUCAAAUGGAAGCUAACACUUACACAGGACAGAUAUUGACUGAGCAACUCACGUUGGUGAUGUGAUGUCUGACUUCACUAAACUUGAUAGUCAAAUUUGACCUCGUAUCGUCCCAUAUAUGAGCCUUAGUCGGUGGUGAUAUGACAAUUACAUUAUACAUUUUGACUUUCACCAAAAUAAUGAAGAGAUAAAGUCACAUUGUUUGAUUACAAUGAUUUAUAUGGUGCAGAAUGAAAUACUCCAGAAGUAUGUUGCAUAUCUACUCAACUCGCAUUUCAAAAUAUGUAGACAAAGAUAGAUAUAACUCCGUAAUAGAUGGAUACAGUCUAAGGAUAAAACGUGCCUCGAAAAUCACGAAAAUUUUAUUCUCGAUCAGAUGGCGCCACUAGUUUUGGCCUACUCUCGUAUAGAGGGCGUUGACGGUUUCGUUUGUUAUUUAUAAUUUUAACGCAUAUCAGUGAAAGAACAUGGGUCAAAAUCAUAUAAAAAUUAAAAAUGCAAGUAAAAAAAUCAUUUAUCUGUAUUUAAAUACAAUUUAACGUAUUUUUAUAAAUCUUCAUUUUUAGUUUUAAAGUAUGUCGAUAGAUGGCAAUGAAUUUACAGUGGUUACAAAAUUUACUAUGACAGUACCGCUCUAUCUUAUUAUAUCCUCUUUGAUGUAGAUAAUGAGUUUUAGUUUAAGGAUUUUAUUAUGUUACGAGUAAUUAAGUAAUUAGUCUUGUCUCAGACAUUCAGGGCCGCUUGCGCUAAUCCGUCUGUAACCGUAAUUAAAUUCGCUAAAAUAUAUUUGUGGUCCUUAUUCAAGAUUUUUGAUGUGCCUUGUUAGUUAAAUUAUGUUUAGCUGGAUUUGAUUCACAGUUGGAGGACUUGUUUUACAAUUUGUUGUUGGAACACUUGGAACAUUCAAACAUCAAACAGUCGUUUAAAAAAGUCCCAAAUUAAGAUGAAAUAGACAAAGGCCGAUUUUUGUUACUGUCGAUUCUAUUAUCUUCCGACAGAACUUUGCUCUGACUGACGACGCUAGCUUUGCACAAACUUGGCAGUAAGAAUUUAUACAUAUCCUGAUAUCCCUAUACUAGUGAGUAGUGAGGACUACACUAGACAUAGCACUUGGCAUGAAAACCUAGCGUCGUCAGAGUCUAGUACCGAUCGAACAACCACUAUAGUAUUAUUCACAUUACCCAGGAUAUGUCAAAAAUACUAUUCACUAAUUUAGAAUAGAACCCUUCAAUGCAUAGUAAUGGAUGCAGCCUACACAACAAAAACAUUAGAUAAAAUCGAUUUGUUUCUGUAUAAUUAUUUUGAUAGUAAAUUAAUACACUUUCCGAUUAUUAAUUCGAAUUUGCGCAGUAUUUUAGUUAAAAAAAUUACAUUUGUUUUAAGACAAAAUGGCGGAAAAUUUGAAAUGUUGAUGGUUUUUCAGUAUGUGAUUUAGGCCGUUUGUUGGGGUUUGCAUUUAUUUAAUAUUUAAUAUCUGUAUUAUAGGUAUAUCACAAAUAGUGUAAUCUGAUGGUAGUAAGAUUUUUUUUAUAUAUCUUUUACCAAUAUUGUAUAUUUACAUAAAUUAUGAUUGACCCUAUGUAUUUUCUAACACUGAUUUAGCAGUGAAAAAUUAAUUUUAUUUAUAAUUUUUCCCAGAAUCAGUAAACAAUUAUGUGACACAUGUAUUAAUUUCGGGCAAAAAGAAAAAAUCAUGCAUUGAAGAGUUAAGAGGCCGGUGUCGAUUUUGGAGCAAAAAAUGUAAAAUUAUCUAAAUAACAAGUAUUCGUUUCGAUUAGCACGUCUUCUCAUCUUGCCUUUUAAUAAUGAGGUCGCGAGCGUGCGUCACCGGUAAUAUAUGAACGGAAGGGGCAGUUUUUAAAAAUUCGUCAAAAAAUUAUGGUGGUAAAUUAUACAAAUUAAUGUAUAAGAAUAAUUUCAGCAAAUGUUGUAGAUUGUUUAAGUAUCAAAAUUACGUUGAAAUUAAGUCGAUUUUCAGAGAAAUUGUCACUUGUUUUGAAGUAAUUUCUGGAGAAAAUUGAAUUCGUUUAACUUUCAUUUCCUCGAACUCUUAAGUCAUAUAACAAAAAUGUAAUCUGAUAAAGGUCAAGUACAGAAUAUGUGUAAUACAAAUUUACCAUUUUUAGCAGUCCAAACUACGAAAUUUACAAAUAGGAGCGACAAAAUCAGUGCUUUACGCGCGUUUACCUAAACGUCCAUCAGAAAAAAAAUCAUUACUAAUUUAGUGAGUAUCUUUUCAAAAAAUUGAUCUGAUAAAAGGCAUAAUAAGAAGACGUUCUAAUAGAAACCAGUACUUGUUAUUUCAAUUACGUAACAAUAACAAAAGGUGUACAAUUUCAACGACUAAAUCUAUCAAUUUUACAUUUUUGCGACUAAAAUCGACACCGGUCUCUUAAACUAUUGACGUUGCUAAGAAGUCUAAAGUUUGCUUGAUAGAAAACCAAAUCGAAAAAAUUCAUAAAUCACUCAAAUCAGUCUGUGUUCACCUGACUUUAAUCGAUUGAUUGUUUAACUUGAUCUUAAUUUCUUUUUGUUAUCGUGGAUCAAAUCCAAUUUAAUUAUAGAUCCGUCCAAGUAUAGCGUUAUUUGUGGAGUCUUUUCAAAAGGGCUAAUUUAUCUAUGAAUACCAUACAAAAAUAAGCCCCUUUGAAAAGACACUCCUCAUUUGUGUUUUUAAGUAUUGUAAACUUAAUUAAUACAUUAAUAAAAUAUAUUUCUGCACAA